CUUAACAUUAGGCAUCCGGUUCGCGAGCUUGAACUACACUAAACAGAUAUUAACUUCGUUGUACUCAAUCAUAACAUGACAAUCAUUACAACACCGGUCCAUCACUGUCACCUUUUCGAUAGAUAUGAAAUUUCCUAGUUUUUGGGUUGAUUCCAUCGUUUUGUGUAGUCAGUUUUACGGCAAUCAUUACCGAACUCGGUAGGCAAACCAUCACCUCGUAAAAAUGUUCGCAGUACUUGGAAUCGCCACCCUAACGGCAACACUGGUCACAGUGUUCCCAUCGAACGCCCUGGCCGCACAGAUAGACGUCGUCCAGUGUCAUCCCACCGAUACGCACUUCGUGGACGAUCCCCGCGAAUGCCACAUGUACUUCACGUGCUACCAAGGGCAGCCCACUCCGAUGAUGUGCCCUCCGGGAUUUAAGUUUGUGGAGGCCCUACAGGCGUGCUACCAGGUCCCGGUGGACGAAUGUUUCCCAUGUCCUGAGACGGGAAUCAAGUACUUUCCGCAUCCCAAGUCGUGCCAGAAGUAUGUGAUGUGUUUCGUGGGAGCAGCCCACGAAAUGACGUGCGCCGAGGGGCUGUUGUUCAAUCCGGCUGUUGGGCAGUGCGAUCUGGAGGCCAAUGUUGAUUGUGCGAUUUAGAGAGUAUGGGAAGAGUUAUAAAUCUAGUGUUUUAGGGUGGUGUAAGUGUCAACAACAGCAGAAAAUAUCUUCAUAGUGGUAAUUAGACAUCAUUUGGUGGUGGUUUAUCUAAUAAUAAAACUUAGAAUAAAUUAGAA